AUGUUCCACCAAGCUCGCGCCUUUUGGAAUCAAUCCUUCUCCAUUCCUCACCCUCCCCUCACCGAAAAGAACCUACCUGAUCAGAACGGCAAAGUAUAUUUAAUCACCGGAGCGAAUACAGGAGUAGGCUAUCAGCUCGCCACCAUUCUCUAUUCACGCAAUGCCAAAGUCUACAUUGGCGCACGCUCCGAAGCCAAAGCACUCGCCGCCAUUGAUAACCUCAAGCAGCUCCACCCCAAGUCAGAAGGAAGCCUCGAAUACUUGCACCUCGAUCUAUCCGACCUGACCACUAUCAAAGCCACCGCCGAAGAGUUCAUGUCCCGUGAAACCAAACUUCAUUGGCUGAACAACAAUGCUGGAGUCAUGGUCCCACCCGAAGGGUCCAAAGGCGCACAAGGUAUUGAUCUGCAGUUUCAAACCAACAUACUCGGCCCUUUCCUUCUGACGAAGCUUCUGCUCCCAAUACUCCGACGCACUGCUGAAGCCGAACCGCAGGGGACUGUUCGUGUGAGUUGGGCGGGCAGUUUGACCGUAGAUGUUCAAACCGUCAAAGGUGGUCUCGCGUGGAAGAUGGACAAGGACGGCCAGGACACACUAGAUGAUUCCAAAGGAAACAGGCUGAAUUACGGCGCGACCAAGGCUGCCAACUACUUCCUGGCGCAUGAGUUUGGCAAGAGAUUUGGAUCUCGAGAUGGCGUCCUGCAUACUUCAUACAAUCCAGGAAACCUCAAAUCCGACCUCCAGCGCCACACCGAAAGCCAGUGGCCAGCGUUUGCAAGAUGGAUCUUGCACCAUUGGUUGCUAUAUCCAGCCAUCUUCGGUGCAUACACUGAAUUGUACUCUGGCUUGUCGCCUGACUUGACUAUCAAGGAACAGGGUGUGUAUAUUGUCCCAUGGGGUCGUAGGGCAAGCGUGAGACCCGAUCUGGUGGCUGAGUUGGGCAAGGAAGGCGGUUCACCGGAGAGGUUGUUCGAAUGGUGCGAUCGAGUCACGAAGCAAUAUGCAUAG